GACAGACGCCCUACAUGGCGGAACCGUCUGAUCAUGGACUCUCUCUCGAGGAAAACGAAACCGGAUCCAUCUCGCGUUGCUCGCUCGCUCUGCGCGAGGCGCCACUCGGUAGGGAAAAGAAUAAUUACUCAGCGAACAUGGCGGCCGUCUUGCAAGACCACGGAGAUAAUCAUGUGGAUGAAAAAGAGCCGAUAUUAGAUGACGGCGAAGAUGAGGACGACGCUGACGACGACGUUGAACCCCAAGAGGCCUCCAAAAAGAAGAAAAAGCGCAAGAAGAAAAAGAAGAAAGCGCCUCAAGAUGCCGCCGGCGAAAACGCAAAUGGUGAGCCAUUAGCAGAGGACAAACAACCACAACUGCAGACUGAUGCCUCCGAAGUCAAGCCUGAAGGGGACGCAGAAGAAGCGAAGAAGAAGAAGAAGAAGAAACCAAAAGGUGCUGGUGCAAAGCAGCAGACCGAUCCUCCAUCGAUUCCAAUCAGUGAACUGUUUCCUGAUGGGAACUUCCCUGUGGGCCAGGAAGUGGAGUACCCUAUGCCUAAUGACAGUCGCACCGGAAAAAAUAGGAUAACCGACGAAGAGAAGAAAGGCUUGGAGAGCAUGUCGCAGGACCAGUACAAGGAAAUCCGGCAGGCUGCAGAAGCUCACAGACAGACUCGGCAGUACAUGCAGAAAGUGAUAAAGCCUGGGAUGACCAUGAUUGAAAUUUGCGAGACACUAGAGUCAACGGCCAGGAAGCUAAUCAACGAAAAUGGCCUCAGUGCUGGCCUGGCAUUCCCAACGGGAUGCUCUCUAAAUCACUGUGCUGCUCACUAUACUCCAAAUGCUGGGGACCCCACGGUGUUAGGUUAUGACGAUGUCUGCAAGAUUGACUUUGGUACACACAUCAAUGGUCAAAUCAUUGACUGUGCCUUCACACUGACGUUCAACCCAAAGUACGACAAGCUCCUUGAGGCUGUUCGUGAUGCCACGAACACUGGGAUCAGGACAGCAGGCAUCGAUGUCAGGCUGUGCGACAUUGGAGAGGCCAUUCAAGAAGUGAUGGAGUCUUACGAGCUCGAGCUGGACGGCAAAACAUACCCAAUUAAAUCCAUCCGGAACCUGAACGGGCACUCCAUUGGACCUUACCGCAUUCAUGCUGGCAAGACUGUUCCGAUUGUGAAGGGAGGAGAAGCUGUUAGGAUGGAGGAAGGUGAGGUGUAUGCCAUAGAGACGUUCGGAAGCACGGGCAAGGGCUAUGUGCAUGAUGACAUGGAUGUCUCUCACUACAUGAAGAACUUCGAUGCUGGCAGGGUGCCACUCAGGCUUCCACGCUCAAAACAGCUGCUUAAUAUCAUAAAUCAGAACUUUGGAACCCUGGCUUUCUGCAAGCGCUGGCUCGAUCGUCUUGGCCAAUCAAAGUACCUGAUGGCACUCAAGGACCUGUGCGACAAGGGCAUUGUGGAUGCAUACCCACCCUUAUGUGACAUCAAGGGUUGCUACACGGCCCAGUUCGAGCACACCAUUAUUCUUCGCCCCACCUGCAAAGAGGUCGUCAGCCGUGGAGCGGACUACUGAGGGACACGGACUUCGUUGACACAUGGACAUCACCUUAUUGACCAGUUUUUGUUUUCUUGUUGACAACUGUGCCCCCGGGCUGCGUUUUUUAACAAUCUAAGCAAGAUUGCCACUCAGGUGUUGGAGCGCACAGAAGCAGUGAGUGUCGGAGCAUGUGAGGCAUUGACGUAAUAAAAUUACUUUGUUUGAUGGUUUU